CCGCCCGCCCGCCAACUCCCAGCCGACAUUCCCCGCUCCUCCUUCACUGGGACUGUGUUUGUCGACCCGCUGGCGCUCGCUGACUGUGUGUCCGUCAGCCCCAACACAGGGCCGCGUUUACACACAGGGGGGAGAGGGGGAGAUGGAGCGGGCGGGACCGGGCGGCCACCCCAUCCUGAUCCGUGGCGGCAAGGUGGUGAACGAAGACCGCUCCGAGUUCGCCGACGUCUACAUUGACCACGGCCGGAUUCACGAUGUGGGGCCUAAGCUGCCGCUGGCGUCGCUGCCGCCGGGGACCAGAGUGAUCGAGGCCGCCGGUAAACUGGUGCUGCCGGGCGGCAUCGACACCCACACACACAUGCAGCUCCCCUUCAUGGGCACACAAGCUGUCGAUGACUUCUAUCACGGAACUAAGGCUGCUGUGGCCGGAGGUACCACUAUGAUAUUGGACUUUGUGAUCCCUACUAAAGGUGACUCGUUAUUAGAAGCCUACGACAAAUGGAAAAGCUGGGCUGAUCCUAAAGUCUGUUGUGAUUACUCAUUCCAUGUGGCUGUAACUUGGUGGAGUGCAAAGGUGAAGAAAGAAAUGGAAAUUUUAGUCAAUGAGAGAGGUGUGAAUUCCUUCAAGAUGUUCAUGGCAUAUAAAGAUGUCUUCAUGCUUCAGGAUGAUGAACUGUACCCUGCUUUCUGCCAGUGUAAGAAAUUGGGAGCGAUUGCUCAGGUUCAUGCGGAAAAUGGACAUUUAAUAGUAGAGGGUGCAAAGAAGAUGCUUGAAAUGGGAAUUUCUGGUCCUGAAGGUCAUGAGCUUUGUCGACCUGAAGAGGUGGAGGCUGAAGCCACACAAAGGGCAAUUACGAUAGCCAGUUGUAUUAACUGUCCCAUCUAUAUAGUUCAUGUAAUGAGUAAAUCUGCGGCUAAUGUGAUUGCCCGUGCACGGAGAGAAGGGAAGGUUGUCUUUGGUGAACCUAUUGCAGCCAGUCUAGGGACUGAUGGGACUUCAUAUUGGGACAAAGACUGGCGCACUGCUGCAGGCUAUGUCAUGGGACCACCACUACGACCUGACCCUGCCACACCAGGGUACCUUAUGGACCUGCUGGCAAAUGAUGACCUGACUGUGACUGGAACUGACAAUUGCACUUUUAAUGGCUGCCAAAAGGCCAUGGGAAAAGAUGAUUUUACAAAGAUUCCAAAUGGGGUGAAUGGUGUAGAAGACAGAAUGUCCGUUAUAUGGGAGAAAGGAGUGCACAGCGGUAAAAUGGAUGAGAAUAGAUUUGUGGCUGUGACCAGCACUAAUGCAGCAAAGAUAUUUAACAUUUACCCCAGGAAGGGAAAAAUAGCCAAAGGCUCCGAUGCUGAUAUUGUCAUUUGGGAUCCACAUGCUUGUAGGACCAUUUCAGCCAAAACACAUCAUCAGGCUGUGGAUUUCAAUAUCUUUGAAGGUAUGGUUUGCCAUGGGGUCCCUUUGGUCACCAUCUCACGAGGAAAAGUGGUGUUUGAAAGUGGAGUCCUACAUGUUACAGCAGGUGCUGGAAAGUAUAUUCCACGGAAACCAUUUGCAGAAUAUGUUUUUAAGCGGAUCUGGCAACGUGAUCAGGUUUGUCAGCCGAAGCCAGUCCAGAGAGAGCCAUACGUGGGCGAAUUGGCAUCAGGGCAGUCAAUUGUCCACAACCCAACAUGGCAAAGGGAUUGAAUAAAAUUCCCUCUGUUGUAGGUCCAGUUUUUCUACAAGAGGUUACGCCCACAGUCCAACUACAACCCUACAACCUACUACAAUCACUCUGAAGAAGGCUCCUGACCCAAAACAUUGCCUAUCCAUGUUCUCCAGAGAUGCUGCCUGAUCUGCAGAGUUACUCCAGCAUGGUCUUUUUUUCCAUAU